CGAGUUGGGACGGAUAGCUUUGGUGCCUGGCAGACGCAAAGGGCAGCAUGGCGAGCUCAGCCAGUUCGGAUGCGAGCAGCAUGCUCUGCUACGAGGCCAACUACCCCAUCUACGCUCUCACCCUACCCCAAGACGCUCAGUCCACGCAGGCUGGCCUGCGGGUCGCCAUUGCUGGAGGUGGCGGCGCUGGCAAUUAUGGCGUCCCCAACAUGAUUGAACUCAUGAACAUAGGCGCCACGGGUGCCAAUAUUACAGCCAACUUUGAAGACAAAACCGGCGCCAUCAGUGCCAUGGCCUCUCUGUCGGCCACGACGCUUGCUGCCGCCAUUGACGAUCGAGUCACGAUUUACCGACUGAAAGCAGAUGAUGAAGGGGUUGAAUCACUGCACCCCCAGGUGUCUUGCUCGGCCACCCAAUCCGAAAAGGCCGACGCCUUUGUAACCACACUUGGGGCCUCGGCUAGUGGCCACAUCCUCGUAGCUGCCCUCUCCACCGGCGAGCUUGCCCUGGCCGACACUGCCAGUCUGCUUGAAGAUGGCGAACCCAUGCGGCCUCUCCACUUUAAUGCCCUAUCCAUCACCAAACGCCAGAUUGACAGCGUGGCGCUGGAUAUGGAAGGGCAGUUUGUGGUGGUGGCGAGCCGAGAGCGCGCAGCUCAGCUGCUCCCCAUCGCCAUCUCCCCUUCCAAUGACGACAACGAACAUGAUGAUGAUGUUGAUGAUGCGGACACGCCUCUGCGCUACUCCGUCAACUUUGACAAACGCGUCAAUCUGCAACUGUCCGACGAACGGUAUUGCGCGCGCUGCUGCUGCUGCUUGAAAAACGGAGAGGUGGUUGUGGGUUUUGUCCCCUUGCCCAAGCACUCAUCCAAGCUGCGUAGCAUUGUGGCCGUGUUUGAUAACAAGGGUAUUCUGCAACGCAAGCGGCUGCUGGCCUACGACGCCUUGAGCGCCGUGUGCGCCAGUGCUGAUGAUCAAUUCCUCGGCCUUGGUGACAUGGAAGGCCACGUUUAUGUUCUUGAAACCCGCUCUUUGAUGCGAUUGCAACAAUGUCAACCACACCCACUGUUUGUGACCAGUUUGGCAUUUGCCGAAGUACCCACGCCUGAGGGAACGGACAACCGUGUGCAAACGCGUCUCCUCAGCGUCUCGGCAGAUCGUCAUUUACGUGCCACAGUGUUGCAUGGCCUGCGCCGCCCGUGGCUCCGCAUGUUGGCCAUGCUCAUUAUUCUCCUUGUAGCCUUGGCCGUGUACUUGCUUGCAGACAUGGAUUCCCAGUCCGACUCGAGUGGCGAACUUUAA